UCUUGACGUUUUACUCCAAAAACGAAAAUCAAUAUGUGUAGUGGAAUUUCGGGCAAACACUCUGGCCGUGUUUAGUUUUCGAUCAUAGUUCAAAGGCUGUGGAAUGGGGAAAAGACAGGUUUUUCCGACGGAAAACUCGUUUACGGUGUCGACACUGACUGUUUUUCAUGAAUCUUGUGUUUGGGAUCUGUGUGAAUUGUGAACGAGGACAAAAUGCAUUUACAUUUCGAAAAAACCAUCAAUUCCAAAAGUGACUGCUCCAUUUUAUCUUUGACAUGGAUGGGUAAAGUGCCAGAUGAAAUACCAGAGGAUGAAGGCUGGAAACUAAACAGGACCAACUACUACCAAGAGGGUUGGCUUGCUACUGGCAAUGUUCGGGGAAUUGUUGGUGUGACAUUCACAACCAGUCACUGUAAGAAAAAUGUUGAUUAUCCACUGAGAACCAACCACAACCUUAGGGGGCACAGAUCUGAGGUUAUCCUAGUAAAAUGGAACGAGCCCUAUCAAAAACUGGCAUCCUGUGACAGCUCUGGAAUAAUUUUCGUGUGGAUAAAAUACGAGGGGAGGUGGUCCAUCGAGCUAAUCAAUGAUCGCAACACCCCCGUCACCCAUUUCUCCUGGUCACAUGACGGUAGGAUGGCCCUAAUCUGUUAUCAGGAUGGCUUUGUAUUGGUUGGUUCAGUUGCCGGACAGAGGUAUUGGUCAUCCAUGUUGAAUUUGGAACCCACCAUAACGUGCGGCAUAUGGACUCCAGAUGAUCAGCAAGUAUAUUUUGGUACGACUUCUGGCCAGAUCAUCGUCAUGGACGUUCACGGAGCCAUGGUUUCUCAGGUGCAGUUGACCAAUGAAUCUGGUAUCACUUCGAUGGCAUGGUCUUGCGAAAAGUUCAAGAUGGAGGAAGGGGAUGACAACGACCCUGGUGUUUCUAAUGCAGGCGAACGAAAGUUUGUUCUGGCAGUCUGCCUUCAAAAUGGAUUAGUUUAUCUCUUGAAGAGUUUCGACGAUGUUUCUCCCCUUCAUAUACAAACAGGACUCCAGGGCCCGUUGUGCAUGGAAUGGAGCAACUCGAGAGAAUUGUUGGCGAUCGCUGGAGUAGAAUCAACAAGCAAAGGAAUUGGAAAUCAAAUUGAAUACUCCAACGUAUUGAAGUUUUAUAACGAACGAGGGAUACUUCUUUAUAGAACGCAAAUUCCUUUCACGCAGGCAGCAAUAUCUUCUCUCACGUGGGGACACAAUGACAAAAGACUUUUCAUAGCGACAGGUUCCCAAAUCCAUAUUGCCUGGGUGUCUAGAAGGAUAGCAACGCUGCAGCUGCUCUGCCGUCUCAAAAUCCAUGACAGCAUAAUGCAUGAAUCCCAAUUACCUCUUUUACCACUACCUGCCAGGAUAAGGAAUUUGAUAGGAAAUUUAUUCGCUCAAACAAUAAGGUGUUGUGUCCCGGAACCAAGUUCUCUGAGGGAAUUUGUGUCGAGACCUCCUAUUGGUUCAGUUCGCCUUCAUUGCACCAUGAUUAGGCACGGUGAUGAUAGCACUUCAUCUUCUGGUAUGUACUACACUCUCUACCUUGAGUACUUAGGUGGUUUGGUACCGCUGUUGAAGGGAAAAAGGACCAGCAAAAUAAGACCGGAGUUCGUUAUAUUCGAUCCCCAAGUGGAAAUUUCGGAACACGGUCCCCAGUGGUCCUCAGAGACGAAAAGCUCGGGAUCGUCGAGCCAAUCCACGAGUGGUGGGGGUAUGCUUACGGAUUCCUCGGAAAGUGAGAAGGAGGAAGGCUGUACAAGCUCGCCAAGAAUGCAGAGAAAGAGGAAAAAGAGGAACAAGUCUCAGGGUAGGACAACGCAAUCGGAACGUGCUUCCAAUUCUAACCCAUUGGAGGGAGAAAGUGAGGAAUUGUGCUACAUUGAUACUUUACCCGAGUACGUUCCUCUAGUUGAAGUAACAUCGAACAUAUGGGGCACCAAAUUCAAGAUACACGGUCUGCCAACCUCUACACCAGCCAACUUGGGUCAAGUGACCUACAAGACUUCCCUGCUGCAUCUACAGCCAAGGCAAAUGACCUUGAUUAUAACGGAGCUGACUGACGAUUUUCCAGUAGGUCCAGAUCCUACUUUCAAUCCCAAUCUUUUCUCUGAAGACGAGGAUGAAGUAGUACAGACUGACAAGAAGAGCAGACUGUCCAGGGUUCCUAUAGAACAUUGUCCACCCAUAGCGCCCAUACUUCCUAGAGGGAAUUGUGUUGGAAAAAAACCUUCUACUUUCAAUAGUUCCUUCUUAACCCCAGAAUCGCAGAAGAAAAACGGUCCAGUUUUAGCUAAACAAGAAUCCUACGAGGAUGAGGCCGCUUAUCCAGACGUUCCAGAAGUUGUUAGUUAUUGUGAUAUAAUCCGUCCACAAACAUCAAACAGCACAAAUAAUAAUAUUUAUCUCAAUUUACGUCCUUCGAACGCCCAGAGCACUAGUUUUGUGGGUCAGUUCAACAAAAAUAGUAGUGGAAAUGCAACCAAUCAGAGACACGCAAUUUCUCCCCUUUAUUGCGAAGGAUAUGUACCACCUUUACAAUCUCCCAAAAACGCUGUGGCUCCAAGUGACAUAAUCUUCGAUCGACCUCCAGCUCAAACUCUUCUAUCCUACUCUUGCGAUUAUUCCAACACCACCAAUGUCCAACAGAUAAAGUCAAACAUGUUGAACGAAGUCCCAAGGAACGGUUUAUCUUUUCAAUCCGCUACAGAUCAUAGAAUGAAAAUCACGAGGAACACAGAUCAGACACAGGUGAAACCCGAGAAGAACGUUCAACCAGCGAAAAACGAUGGUCGUAGAGCUAGAGCUGUGCCAAAUGUUCACCUCAAAUUCAUAGACGAAGAAAAUCCAACAGAGGCCAUUGCCGGUCCAUCCCAUGCUAGAACACCCAAUCUACCCUUGCCAGAAGCCAUGGUGCGGAGCUGUAGCAUGGGCUAUCUGGAUAUGGUAGAUGUCCAACUUGUGCCAAGCGAAGUAGCCCUGCUCAUGUUGCGCAAAGAUGCGCCUCGGAGGUUGAUACUAGUCAAUAAGAAGCCAAAACAAAAGCGACAGAGUCGACAAACCAGUAGGCACUUCCAGGAAAGCUCCAAAACGAUAAGCAACAAAACGCCAAACUUAAGGAAUUGUGGAAAAUCCAAAAGUCUAGAUUCCAGUGAUAUCUUCCUUUCUGAAAAAGCCAACCCUAUAAAAUCUGUCCAAAACCAAAUAGAAGAAGUGAUACCAGAGGUUGUUAAUGUCAAGAAGACUGCAGAAUGUAAAUCUACGAGUUCCUCAUCUACAGACAAUGAGAACAAUAAGAAGGAAUGUUCAAGGUUGGGAUUCUUCGGUUCAAGGUCGCCCCUCAUGAGGCGGAAAAAAGACAAAGAUGGAAAUAAAGAUGACAAAAAAUCAAGAGGGAAAUGUAAAAGAGGAAAUUCGGUAAUCAAGGAACAGAAUGAUGUCAACUCUAAACAAAAUUUGCCAUUACACACACAAGCCUUAACGAAUUUAGAAAAAUUAAUAACUAGAUUAAGAGAAGAUGAUGGUAGAAAUUCCGCACCUUCGUCUCCUAGGUUACCUAGGAGCUCUCCCGCUUCUCCUGCCCCCUCAAAAAAAGGCAAACGACCCCAAAGUGCAUCCCCCAUUAGGAAAAAUUUACUAUCUUCCCCACUUUUAGGAAGAAAAAAUAGGAAAAACAAAUUGCAGGAAAGCUCUGAUGACGAUGUAACAGCUUCUGGAGAUGAAAUUUUCAAUGGAACGAACUAUAGAGACCUGGAGACCUUCCAGAAGGCGCAAUUAAGACAAAAGUUGAAAAGGGGAAAGAUAGAACCUAAUGGUAGUAGCUUCAAUAAUCCUCCCAUACCUCAAAGGAGGGAAUUUGUGAUGCACAACAAAGCACCAAUGUGGAAUGAGAAUAGCCAAGUAUAUCAACUAGAUUUUGGAGGGCGGGUAACCCAAGAAUCGGCAAAAAAUUUCCAAAUCGAAUUCAGAGGAAAACAGGUAAUGCAGUUUGGAAGAAUCGACGGAAAUGCAUACACUCUUGAUUUUCAAUAUCCCUUCUCAGCUUUACAAGCAUUUUCUGUAGCAUUAGCUAAUGUUACGCAAAGAUUGAAAUAGUAGGUACUGGAAGAAAUCUACUGAUGAGUGUAAAAUUAUUAGGUGAAGAGAUAUCAAACGUGAAAUCAAUGUUUUUGAUAAAAUAUUUUUAUAGGUAAUAUCUUUUGAAGAAUAUUAUAUAUCGCAAAACAAUCUGAUAUUCUGUCUUAAUUUUCGAUUGGUAUUUUUACAUUUUGUUGAACAUUAGCAGAUUGACGAAUUUUAUAGCUUGAAUUUGAAUGAUUAUAUGACAAUUUGAUUCAGAAAUUGAAUAGCUCAAAUAAAGGCCAAGCUUUGACAGUAAUAUCAAUUUACUGAUUUUUUCGAUUCAAAAUAAUCUACUCAAACGGAAAUUUGAACUGAAGCAUAGAUCAAUCAACAAUAACAUAUAAAAAUAUUGUUGGAUUUUCCCGUUUCUUCAAUGCCUCGAAAUGUAUGUAUUAUUUCCACAGUAAUCAAUAAUUCAAUCUAAUGCAAUUGAAAGUUUGCAUAGAAGAAAUUUUUAUAAUUUGUUUCAUUAAUUAUUUGAAAAUAAGACAAAAUAUACUCCUCUAGAAUAUCAUCAAUUUGUAAUUGAAAUGGCUAAAAUAUUUAUUUUUAAGGGUCGCUUCCAUUAUACGAUCUUAUAUUUUCAUAACAGCACAUAAUUUGAUGUUGAUUUAAAGCUUUCACAUUUUUCCAGUGAAUAAUUGUGUUUCUCAUAAUAGUGACAGAGCUAUAGAAAUAAAACCGGAUUUUAUUCUUUUGAUGAAUUUAUUGUAACAAAACAUCAGAAAAUGAAAUAUUCUCAAUUAGUGAAUUUUAUUAUUUGUAUCCCUCCACAUUGAAAAUAUAUUUUGAUAUAUAUUUUAAUGCUUCAUUGUUACUUGUUGUAUGUAAUUCUUUUCAUUGAAGAUUUAUGUUUUUAAAUUCUACUAUAUGUAUCUGUUAAUUUGUGUAAUAUUAAAUAUUUAUUGUUCGUGAUUAAUUUGUAUCAGA